GAGAGAGAGGGCUGGAUGAUUCAGUACCAAUCACUGAUGGGUUACAGAUGCGCUUUGAAGCCGAUCUCACAUUUUGAAGCUUGGCAGUCGCAUGGUGUUUUUCCUCCACGUUGCGUCUUGAUUAGUAUUAGUAUUUGCACCUCGAAUAACCCGCAUGCUGGUUGGCUGAGAGGCAGUCAUCCCAUCUUGGUGAAACAAACUCGCCCUGCUCUACAUCGAGGAGGAGGAGGAACCAAUCGCAUCGCCUCUACACACACACACUCACACACACUGCUUUAAUUUUUCUUAAUAAGCGGCUGUUUGACAAAGCCGGUCACGGACUGCAGGGGCUGUGGAGGAGGUGGACCGGUGCGAUGAUGACGGGCAAAUCUGUAAAAGACGUUGACAGAUACCAGACUGUCCUCAACUCUUUACUGGCGCUGGAGGAGAACAAAUACUGCGCUGACUGCGAAUCAAAAGGUCCAAGAUGGGCAUCCUGGAAUCUGGGCAUCUUCAUCUGUAUCCGCUGUGCCGGUAUCCAUCGAAACCUGGGGGUCCACAUCUCCAAGGUCAAGUCUGUCAAUCUGGACCAGUGGACACAGGAGCAGGUUCAGUGUGUGCAGGAGAUGGGAAAUGCCAAAGCCAAACGUCUCUACGAGGCUUUCUUACCUGAGUGCUUCCAGCGCCCAGAGACGGACCAGUCUGCAGAGAUCUUUAUCAGGGACAAAUAUGACAAAAAGAAGUACAUGGAUAAGGUCAUUGACAUCCAGAUGCUCAGGAAAGAAAAGAGCUGUGACAAUAUUCCCAAGGAACCUGUUGUGUUUGAGAAGAUGAAAUUGAAAAAAGACAUCAGCCCCAAGACAGAUUCCCAGUCUGUCACAGACCUGCUUGGAUUAGAUGCCCCUGCUCCUAGUCCUGCAGUGUCUAAUGGUGGAGGAUGUGUUCCAGACAGUAAUGAGAGCCCAGCGGCGUCCAAUCCAGCUCUGGCGCACUCUGCGCUGGAUCUCUUCAGCUCCCUGCCAGCACCCUCCUCUGCUUCCUCCGCUAAAACCACGCCUGUUUCCAGCUCCAUGCCUCAGAGCAGAGUGACUGCCUCGGUGCCUGAAAACCUCAGUUUGUUCCUGGGUCCGACGCCCAAAGCGGAAGAGGGCACUGUCAAGAAACUGUCCAAGGACUCUAUACUCUCCCUGUACGCCUCUACCCCGUCGGUACACGCUAGCAGCAUGGCGACUCACGCAGGCUUGUACAUGAACCAAAUGGGAUACCCGACACACCCGUAUGGAUCGUACCAUUCUUUAGCCCAGGCAGGUGGAAUGGGCGGCACCAUGAUGACAUCGCAGAUGGCCAUGAUGGGCCAGCAACAGAGCAGCAUGAUUGGAGUUCAACAGAACGGCAUGAUGGGACAGCAGAAUGGCUUAAUGGGUGCCCAGGGUGUCAUGGCCCAGCCUAGUGGCGUCAUGACGUCACCCUACAUGACAGGGAUGACCCAGGGCAUGAUGGGACAGCAGCAGACUGGCAUGAUGGUACAGCAGCAGAGUGGGAUGAUGGGGCAGCAGCAGGUUGGAGGUGUACCUCAUCAGCAGAUGUAUGGCGUGCAACAUGCCCAGCAGCUGCAGUGGAACCUUACCCAGAUGACUCAGCACAUGGCGGGAAUGAAUCUCUACAACACCAAUGGCAUGAUGGGAUACAGCAGUCAACAAAUGGGAGGUUCGACAACUCCGAGCUCAGCGCACAUGACAGCACACGUUUGGAAAUGAUCUCAUGUAUCCAGGAAGUGAUGUAACGCCAAUAACCCACAAAAGAGAGGGGAACUGAGUCGUAGGAUUCUGUGGAUCAGACUCUCCGGGAGACAUUUUCUAAUGCAAGGGAGGAGGAGGAGAAGGAGGAGGAGACAGGUGUGAAGAAGAAGAAGGUUUGGGAAACCACUACUACCUCUCUUUCUCUCUCCUCUCUGCCCAUGCUUCCUCUUUUCGACCCAUCCAUGGCCAUGUUUUGCAUAUUUCCAUGCUUGCCUUCAGAACACUUUGGUAUGAUGACCAAGACAACAGGGUUCAGAGGUUUGCUGGUUAGGACGACACAUCUUUCUUUGUACCUAGCCUCCAUGUGCGAGUGUUUGCACGCACAUCGGCUAUAUGCGGGUGUCAACUAACUGCUGACUUAAAAGUAGUUUUUAGGAGAAUUUUACAGUUUUUCUUACUUGAUCAGAAUCAGGACUCAGAGAACAGCUUAGCCGAACUUAACUCAAUUGGAAGAGGUACUUGAAUAUUGGCGUUAAUUGAAUCAAGACUCGUUUCUCUUAAAAUGAGGGAAACAUACUGUGUUGCUAGGCUAACGGGUUAAUGUUUUCUAAUUUGUUAAAUAGUUUAACAUUGUGGGAAAUAUGUUUAUUUGCCUUUUUUGCUUAGAGUAAGAUGAAAAGAUUGAUACCACUCUUAUGUCUGAGCGCCAAAUAUGAGGCUACCAUUAGCAGCUAGUUAGCUUCGCUUAGCGUAAAGACUUGAAACAGGGCAAACGACUAGCUUGACUCUGUCCAAAGGCAACGUUAAGGUAUUAACACAUUAUAUCUUGUUCGUUUAAUCCAUACAAAAACCAAAGUGUAAAAAUGACACAUUGGGGUUUCAUGUGGGAACUAUUUUUUGGUCAGUAACUUCCUGGAGUCUUGCCGUCACCAUGAGGUUGCCAGGCUUUGUAUGGAUAAAACACAUGAGCUUUAGAUAUGCGGAUAGGUGGAUUUUGUUAGCUUUGGACAGAGCCAGGCUAGCUGUUUCCCUCUGCUUCCAGUCUUUGUGCUAAGCUAACUUGCUGCUAGCGUUAGCUUCACAUACCUUGCAGUCACAAGAGUGGUAUCCUCUCAUGUAACUGUUGGCAAAAAAGCAAAUGAACAUAAAGUUUUUGUAAAACCAAAAUGUCAAACUAUUCUUUUAACCUAGCAUUAAAAAUGUUUCUUAACAAAAGAUAGAGAAUGUACAUUACGUUGUGUAGGACAAGGGCGCUAUUUUGUGAGGAACAUGCUCCGUUAUCUCUAGGUUAGUGUGUGCAUCGGAUACUGACUGUAAUCCAGUGUUGGGCUGCCAAGUCAUAUGGAUCUAUGUUGUUUAUCCUCAUUAGUUUAUUCAACUGCCAUUGCUUGACCACUGUAGCAGCCACAGGUAACACAGCAUUAUCCUCGCAAAAUGGCGCCCCUGUAACACAGCGUGAUGUCAACUGCUGCCUUUAAAUGGAACUCUAGAGGUCACCUAGGCUAAGAAAGCUAGCGAGUAGGUUACGAGGAAAUGCAAAGACAAAAUGAGAGAGAAAAAAAGAUAUGGUCGUUGGGAAUAUCAACCUUUUAGCUAUUAGCCUAAUUUUAGCCGCAACCAUUUUUGUGAAGGAGGAACUACAGAUAUUUUUGCAGCCAGCUUUCAUGCGCACAGCAGUGAAGAGUUUGAUACAUUCGGUGACAAUCAUUUUAAAGUAUAUCAAUUAUAGGUGAAUCAAGCUAGGCUAGGCUAGGCUAGUGUCUUAAUUCAUCACACAAUGUCAAGCUGCAAGUAGGGAAAAGCAGGAAUGAAUUAGCCUGGGUCUGUAUGUAGGAAAAAAUCGUAAAAUCUUCCAAAAACCAAUGUAUCUCCAUCCUAAAUACUUAAGUUAUCCUACCUGUACAUCUAUAGUAAAAUGUAAGAAAUCCCUUUAGGUGUUGAUAAGUUCAUAGAGCCUCAGUUUCUCACAAGUUAAAGCAGCAGCAAAACCUACCUAAUCAGCCCUUACUCAUGAUGUCUUCUACUCAGUUUACAGAGGGCUUCUUUUAGAUUCGAUAUCUAAUCCCAACGUUAAGUGUCAAAAGUCCUAACCUGGAUUUUGGGAGACCAAAGAUCAAGCUAGCUUUAUUAAGGUUGUACAGUAUUCCAAUGCUUUGUUACAUCUGUGUAGCCACACAACUAGUGAUUAGUAGGAAAUCAAAUUAAGCAGUCCUUUAACAGUACACACUUGCUCGUACACGAUGAAUGUUUGGGCAUAUCAAUUCACUGUGCUAUUUCCUCAGCAAGGGUGGGACACUUACAAAGUCACUUGCAUGCAUGUAAAUGUUGAGGUAACGCUCACGCACCUCGAGUUAAUCUACCUUGUACAAUAGAGGCCUCAAAUCGUGUUGAAUGUCUGUAAAUAAGAUUGAGAGAGAGGUGGAAAGAGACAAACUUUAAGGUACAGAUCAGCCGCGUUUCAGAUUCUUCCACUGAAUUGCAUGAGGAGAAUGUUUAUCUAGCUCUGAUUGUAUGUACUGUAUGUUUAUUAAGAUAUCCGAAUGUGUCUCUCUGAAUGUUUCUCUCUUCAUGUUGAUCAGUCUCUGACCAAGACCAACAAAAUGUCUCAACGAAUGUGCGUCCUGAAUGUGUUUCACGACUGAACUGGACUCCAUUUGAAUACACACAAAACGAAUGAAUGUCUGUUUUUGAUAUUCUACGACUCGUGUACACUGUCUUUUGAAUGUCCUGUGGUCAACAGCGUCCUGUCCUGUUUGCAAGUUUUAAUGUACCUGUCUCAUCGUCAAACUAGGAGCAAACUGUGACCAGGCUGACGCAUUUUCAGGUCACUCAACGGGGGUGUUUACAAUUUGGCCAAACCACAUUGUGAAGCGAAAAGCGAUUGUACGACCACAAUCUGUCACCUCUCGAUGUUUUAGUUAACCCUUCUACACCUCGCCCACACGCCAUCUCUCUGUGUCCUGAUUUCUCUGAGAGCGUUUCUAAAGAUGUUCAUUCUUAUAAAUGCAUGAAGCCAUUGUGUAAAUAAUCUGUCUUUCUGUUUUUCUGUAGGAGUACUUAGGUGUUAAUUGCCACUCUGAAUGUGACGGGUAGGAGCUAAAAGAGAAAUAAAUUAACAUACUCUGGCAUAAUAAGAUUCAAACUAACUGCUGCCAAUAAACAAGCAGUACAGCCUUUCACAACUCAGAAACUCAUCCAUUCCUUCCAGGUAUUUCUUUCAAUUUUAGCUCAUUUGGUGGCAAUGGAGGCAACAGUGUGUCAGCAGCAGUCACUUUCUCUGCUGAGAGCAAUAUCACCAUAAGACAAUGUGUCAUCUCUGCAGUGUAACAGCAGAUCUGUCAGCAGGCGACGAGAUGUUUCUGGAGAAGCAGUAGAUUUCUGUCUCUGUGGGCGAUGAAGCUUCACCUGAGCUCUUUACGUUGUGAUCAUCUUUUAACUUUAGUUUGCUUGUGAUCAGUUCCUUUUUUUGUCUGGUAUAUUUUCUGUGAAAUAAGAGCAAUUAAAGGAAUGUAUCUUUUUAUGUACUUGUCAAUCAAGAUAUUGUGUACUUUAUUCUUUAUCAGAAUAUCUCUGUAUAUUGUGUUUCUUAAACAAGAUGGAUGAACAUGUACUGUAUAUUAGUUCUGCAUUUUUUUCACAUGCUUCGCCCCCUUUUGAUCUCAUGUCGACACGAUUAGUCACUUCAAUUUGAGAAUAUGUAACAUAUGAUAUUUGUCUCUGUGAAAACAUAAAAAAUAAAUAUUGUUUUGAUUAA